AUGAGGGAAACUACUAGCUUUCCCCUUUUAGCCUUGUUGCUUGUUGGGACUGUCUCCUUAACAUCUCAUGAGUAUUCUAAUAAUGGAAUGGAGAGAUAUCUAGCUUCUACUUCAAAGAGUAUUAACUUGAAUGAGUUGUAUGAUGGAAAACUCAAAGGUUCCUAAGACCAAAAUUGGGCCUAUUAUACCUUGAAUCUCGCAGACUAAAUAUCGCAAGAUCUUUCCUAUAAAGAUAAUAAGGUAGAUCUGGUAAUCUAACUUUCUCAAAAAGGAACUGUGUUCACUGACUCUAGUCUGUUCAUUAAUCUAAAUAGCGAACUGCCCAAUUUGAAUCAGUUUUCAAUGUAAUGCAGCUUCUUCGGUGAAGAUUUUUGUGUUAUUAAUGGCAAAGAACUUGAAAUGACUUCUUUAAUUACGAUUGGAGUAUUUUGCAGAGAACAAUGUGAAUACGAACUGUAAGGUGAGUUAACAGAAGAGCUAGUGUUCUAACCAAAUAAGUUCCAGAAGUUGUAUUUCAAGGAAAACUAAGAGAGAAUAAUAAAAUUCACUAUUCCAAAUGACGAGAAUAUAACGACUAUAGAGAUAAGUGGGGUGAAUCAAAACAAAUUCGAUAAGUUUAACAUGAUAAUGGCCAACAACAACCAAAUGCCGAAUUCAGACAAUAGUCUGUAUCUAAGACCUGCUUGGGAAAACGGAUACGUAGGUAAAUUCACUGAGAAUUGCUUCUGCUUUUGUAGAGGGUGCAACUACACGGUUCUUAUUUCAUCUGACAAGGAAGGCUACAUAACUGUUGGAGCUAAAGUGCACGGCUAUACUGUAGACAUCACAAGUUCUGAGGGAGUGAUAUAUGACUCAGUCUUGAACUUCUAAGCAUAAUGCUACAGCUAUCAGGUUAGAUUCGCUGAUAAAGACUUAAGAAUAAAGUUGGAGUCAUACGCUGGUGAUCCAGACGUCUACAUCAAUCCAAUUUGGAUUCCACCUCAACUUAGUGAGUCUGCAUUCAAUUCAAGAGAUCAUUUUUAAAACGAAGAACUUAUACUGACUCCUGCAGAAAGACAAAGGGCUAAUGCAGUUACUGGCUAAUAUUACAUCUGUGUUUGGGGUCAAUAAGCUUCAACCUAUAAGAUUCAAGUACUUAAUGAAAAUCACGAUGUAUUUUUGGUGAGCGGCUUGUCAUAGAGUGGAUAUGUGAUGCCAAAUGAGACUAGUAUUCAUUAUUUCAGAGACCCGUUACUUGCAGACCCAAGCAUUUCAAUUGAGAUAUCUAUGCAUAUAAUGAUAGGAAAAGCUAGAUUGAAGAGCAAAUUAUGCUAAAUUGAAGCUGGAGCACCUUUAAGCUCGUUUAAGGAUUCUUGCACCUAUACUUUUGAAGACUUGUUCUAAGAGGAUCCUGAUGAAAAACUAAUCCAGGAUCAUAUUGGCUCUGAGUCUGUAAAGAACGAUGUAAACAUAUGUAAAAUGGAGAAGCCUAAUAAUAAAAGAGCCCCAGAAGUGACAUGUGUCUGGGUUAUAGGUAUAAUUGGCUUGGCAGAGUAUGAAACUCAUUUUUCAGUAUUAGUAAAAACAAACAAGCCUGAAGAACAUACCAAGCUAAGAUAAGGCGUGCCUUUCUAAUCUGAGAUCAAGGAAAAUGAUCCAAACUACUUUAGUAUUCAUAUUAAUGACCCAAAGGUAAAGAGACUUAUUAUUCAGCUAACUACCAUUCAUGGAGAUCCUGACAUUUUUGUCUCAAGAUUCACCAAGACACCAUCGUAUUGGGAGUUCGAAGGCAGAUCCAUUAGAUGUGGAAUGUACCCAGAGAUAAUAUAGUAUAUCAAAGAUGAAAAUAACGAAGCUUUUAAGACCUUAGUUGGGGAUUUCUACGUAAAUGUGUUCAGUUACACUCAGUCUACCUAUUCCCUAGUAUAUUACGUUGAAACAGAUGAAGGCGUGAUCUCAGCAGUGCAACUCCUAAUGGGCUAAAAGCAAAAAGGAGUGCUUAAGACCACUUAGGAGUCUCUGGUCUAUGAAUUUGAGUUGGUUAAUAGCAUGAAGGAGGAAGUGGAGAUAAGACUCAUAUCUGAGAAUGGCCAAUUUAACUAUUACCUAGGCAGAGGAUUUAUCCCUGAUGAGAAGAGCUACACAACUAAAGGCACUGAGAUUAACCAGAUUGUAUUUGAAAGUCAGAAUGAGACAGCUGACUUGAAAACUACUUAUUAUGUGAGAGUGGUUCCCUACUAAGCCUCUGUGUUAAUAGAAGACCAAAUCAAGGAUUCGGCAGGAAUGGCUUAUGUUUAUACCAUAGCCUAUUACGAGUAAGGCAGUUUCAUCCACUUGCCUUAUGGAGUGCCCAUGAGGGGAUAAGUAAAUAAUGAUAGUUUGCAUUACUUCUACGUUGACAUUCAAGGCAAAUCAGACUAUGAAAUUACACUUACAGCUAUUUCUGGUAAUCCCGACCUCGGCAUUUCGCUAGAUAGCAGAAUGAAGUUCCCUGACAGAUUCUAAAAUACAUUUGUCUCAUAAAAUGUCCUGAUUCCAGACACUGUUGUCAUAACUCAAGAUUAAAUAAAGUAAUUUGAGUCUGAGAAUGGCAUUAAGGCAACAUAGAUAUUUAUAAGUAUCUUUACAAAUGACACUAAAGCCUCUACCUACACUAUAAUGACUAACAAAAAAGAUGCAUUCAAUCCAGUUUUACUUACCAAUGGCUAGUCUCAGAGUGGUACAAUAGAUGCAGGUGAAUCUAAAUUCUAUUACUUCAAGACAGGCAGUGACAUGCCACUCUACGCAUCCCUGAUUCCUAAGAAAGGCAACCCAGAUCUUAGCAUUUCAAUCAUCAAGAACUUCUCAGAAUCUAGGUAUAGUUGGUAGAAGUAUGCUGACCUUCCCUAUUUCAAAUCGAAGGUUCAGUUUGGAGCAGAUAUUAUCUACCUUAAUACCAAUAAUACUUUAUUUAAGGAUGGCUGUGGAGCCUCAUGCAUUCUACUCAUUCAAGUCACAAAUGCUAAUAAGGACUCAGAGGCAUACUACAGACUUAGUAUGACAAGAGACAUCCUAGAAUUGAUAGAGAACACUCAGAUCCAGGACAGUAUUCAAGAGGUAUCCAUGUAUAAGUAUUACAGAUUCUACAAGUCGUGCGAGGAAUGCGAAAUUGACAUCACAAUUACACCGUUGUAGUCCUCAUCUACAAUGCUUUUAAUGGCUGAUUUUGAAGUUAAGUCUAGGCUCCCAACACAUCAAAGCAACCCUAAAUGGUACCUUAAUGCAUUCUAAUAGAGUACGCUCAAGAUCACUCCUAACAGCACAAUAAUUAAUAAUGCUAAAAAAACAAACACUUAAAUACCAAUUGAGCUUUCUAGCAUAGGCAUGUAUACUAUAGGCGUUCAUUCGCAUCAAAAUGCUUCAUUUCUACUAUCAGUAUAAAUCAUAGAUCUUGCUAAUAGUAAUUAAGAAGAUGCCUUGAUUAUCAGGAAAGUAUUCUUGGGUGAAACCUAGGAUAUUGAUCUAAACUCCAGAGAAAUAAAAUACCUCUACUUUGAGAAUUGGGUAAAUGCUUCCAUUAGACUGUAAUUCCUGCCAAUUUAAGAUUCGCCGUCAAAGAUUAAUAAUUUAGAAUUUGACUUUAGAGUCACAACGAUGGAAUCUAGGAAGCAAGUUCCCAAGCAUGAUUCAGAUCUUAUUUAUAAAAAAUGGAAAACGAACAGAGUUAAAACAUCAAUAGAUCUUUAAAACUAGAAAACUGAUACAUUAGAAAUAGGAAAUAACGAUCCUGAUGUUGACUUCUGUGUCCAGUGCUUCUUUAUCAUUAGAAUAGAAAAUUUAAAGAAAGAGAAGUAAUAAAAUGGCAGACUAAUAAUAACUUAAGACAAUGAGCACGGAGGCUUAGGAUUCAAGUCAAAUUUAAUAGUAGGCAGACCUUAUGUGCUCAAGCUAAGACAAUACUAAUAAACUCAGUUUAACUUUAUGCUGAAUUAUGGAUUCUAAGCAGAACUUGAUGUGCAAUACUUCACUGGCAAUGCAGAUUAUGAGAUUAAAGACUGGACUGAUAAUUCCAUCUUUUUCCCAUCAAUCGGAAAUCAGGAUUAAGAGCUAUUGGAAUUCACUGAGACAAAAUCAUCUAUCAAAGCAGUCCUUAAGCAGCUUGUAGCUGGUAGAGUAUAUCAACUCAUCGUUAUUGCAAGGCAAGAUCUUCAUGCUUCAAUCUUACUAUCUUAGGACAAUGAUCUCACUGUGGUCUCUGAUGGAGUCACGAAGAGUGUUUAUUUUAGUUCUAAAAGCAGCAUGGAGUCAAAAUAUUUCCUGUAUCUCCCGCCAUCUCCAAAAUUCCAAUUAGCAGUCAGCGCUGCAACAAAUACCUUCGAUGUGUAUUACUACGUUAGCAUUAAGUAAAUCAAUACUAGAGGAGAGAUUAGUUAGAAGGAUAAGAUUUAAAGUGCUACAGCAAAUGGAUCUUCAGGCAAUAAAAGAGACUUACUUUUUGGAAUAAAGAAAAAGAAUAAGAAAGAUGAGGUAGUAGACACACUUAAGAGCAUCUUACCUUAGAUGAGUGACCUCUCUGAUAAUUCUACUCUCUCAUCAAAUAAAGGGGGUUCAGCAUCGAAUGACUUAUUGACUAUGGAUAUUUCAAAUAUUGAAAACAGUUUAAUGGGAUUAAUGUUCUGGAGAAAUUUCAAAAAUGCUAAGAACUUCGAUUUCACUUUGAAAAGUACCAACACCAAGGGAGGCAUGGCUUUAUUUGAUGUAUUCCCAAUUGAGCUUGCGCAUGAGGAUAACCUUCUGCUGAUCAAGGUUGACAUAAUAAAGGGCUAUAAUGAUACAGCUGAUGUUCAACUUACUUUAUCUGGCUCUGAGAUCUAGCUACUCCUACCUGGAACAACUGUGAAAGGUCAUGUGUCUAACUGGAAUUAAACAUACAAGAUAUACGAAAUAUAUGUAAAUCAGAAUCAACUGUUUAAUAAUGAAAAUACUGAUCUAUACAUUUAAGUUACCCCUUGCAGUGGCAAAGUAGACUUUUAUGUGUCAGAAAACUACCUCACUCUAUUCAACAGAGACAAGUAAGUUUCGAGUAUCGACUUAAAGAGCAAUGAGAAAUUCGGUAUGGAAUCCGCUAGAGUUAGAAACAUAAAAGGAAAGGAGGUGCUUUAUGUUGGAAUUUAAUCUUCCAAUGAGUUCUAUCAGGACUUAAAGCAGAAAGUAGACUCUUACUUCGAGAUUAGAACUGAACUUAUCCGAAACUCACAGGAUGAUAUAAUGGACUCAUAUAUGUUUAAAGAUAGCACCAAUGAACUUGAAGUUAAAUUUGAUGAAAAGGACCCUGAUAAUGUGAUAGUAAACUGGUCUAAGAUUUUCUAUAAAUAAAAUCAAGAUAGCUUUAUCGGCAGCAGUAGUAAGUUCUCAGCUGCAAAGGAUGUUUAGUAUCAACUUUAUGCCGGUACCAAAGAUCAUGCCAGAUACUCUAUGAAUUCUCAAUGUGCUAUUGAACACUCUGAGAUGUAUGACAUCUUCACAAUAUUUAUGAACCCAGAAGACAUGCAGACCUCCAAUUAAAUAAGACUAUAGAGGUAGGAUAUAGAGUCAAUCAAAGUACUCGGCUUGAUAGCCAAAGUUAAGGAUCCAGUGACUGGAUAGGUUAUUAACCUCGCUUAUGAGCCUUUGAACUUCAACCCAGAUAAUUUCGGAGUCAAGGUGCAAAUGGCACACUUAGCUAUUUUUGCUGUUGUUAGCAUCAUCGUGGUAGUCCUUUUGAUUUUGAUUAUUUGCUGUCUGAGAAAGAAAUCCUUGAUAAUGGCUAAGAGAUUGCAAAGCGAACAGUACGCUUAGUAAAAUUUCUCAACAGUUGGAAUUGAAAACCCAAACCUGACUAAAGAUGACUCAAGAGAUGAGAUUUGA